AUGGCCAAGAGAGCAAACAAAGGCCGCAAACGAGUUGUGCUUGAACCGGGUGAUUGGGUUUGGGUACAUUUCCAGAAAGAGAGGUUUCCCAACAAAAAAAAGACCAAGUUGAUGCCUAGAGGAGAUGGUCCAUUUGAAGAACUUGAACGACUCAAUGAUAAUGCAUACAAAAUUGAUCUUCCACCCGAAUACCAAGUUCAUAACACCUUCAAUGUGUGUGAUCUCUCUCCUAUGGUGGUGCAAGAUGAUGAUCCCUUAAAUUUGAGGACAAAUUCUCUUCAAGAAGGGGAGAAUGAUACAAUUCGAGUGGCAUCAAGACCUUUUACAAGGAGCCAAGCGAGGGAACUUCAAGCUAUGCAAGCAUUGUUCAUGAGGAGGGACAUACUUGAAUACACUCUAGCACCUUCCCGGGGAUUUCAAGUGUUCAUGAUAGCAUGGGAGGAUGGUUUGGAGAAGAGGGUUGAAGAUGGUCAUGCUUGCAAUGUGGCUAUUACUUGA